AUGUUAGGAAGCAGUAACUCUCCCAUCCUACUCAGUCUGCUCUCUACUCUCCCAGCUCUCCUGUUUCAGCCGGGCUGCCUGCCCUGUGGCGUAGUACUCUCCUUUCACUCACCACAAUUCAUCACCAUCUAGGAUAUAUUUACACAACCCACGCAGGUAGACACAGUACUACUGGACCUAACAGUUUGCUCUUGACUGAUAGGUAGAGAUAGAAGCACUGUACAUAACCCUGGAAAAAAACCUACAAAGUGGGGAUCUGUAGCUUCGCUGCUAGACUGAAGUUUCCUCUCCACUAGAUUUUUUUCCCAAAGGAUACCUCACACAGCUGCAGAGGUUGCCAGCUCCACCUGUAGCAAACACAAAUCGAUGACUGAGAACUCCUCCUCCCAUGAUGGACAAGAAAAGUGCCAACGGCUUUCAGACCAAGGGCAGUGAGGGCGGUGUUCAGAGGAAGCAGCUGCCCUAUUCAGUGGAGACUCCGUAUGGCUUCCACCUGGACCUGGACUUCCUCAAGUAUGUUGAUGAUAUUGAAAAAGGUAACACCAUCAAAAGGGUCCACAUCCAGCGCAGGGUCAAAGGUCCACCCAAGUUCAGCACUCUGCCACGAAAUUUCAGCCUCCCUGGACAUGGGGUCAGACCUCCACCCAAAGAAAAAGACACCACAUGGUCUGGAACAUCCACCCUGGGACCCAAGCCUAAAUCACGCGUGACAGAAGUCCAACAGAUCUUUGACUUCAGGGCGAGUGAUGGAGGGUCUACAAGCCAGAGCAUUAGGGGCACAACUGGUCUAGGAACUGGCUAUGUUCCUCCUAAGCCCAGAGAUGAAGUAUCUGCAGGAGCUCGGAUUGUUGAAGAGAAGUCAGCGACAAUCCAGAGUCGACCAAACCUGCUCAGAGCAUCAAGCAUGCCCAUCACCCUACAGCAACGAAAAGGCUCUGACUCCAGCAGUCCAGACCGAAUUGUGGGAACACCAGAGAAUGGCUCAACAGAGAAUGUAUUCCGCGCUUCACCGGACGUAACAGAAAGACGAUGUGUUCCCCAAGAUCGGGCAGGACUUCACCAGCAGAUCACAGUGGCACUGAAACGGGUCAGGGAAUUGGAGGAACAAGUCAAAACCAUCCCAGAGCUAAAGGCUCAGAUCUCUUCACUGAGGGAGGAGAGAGAGAAGCUCCUGCUUCAGCUUCAGGCUCAGGUGCAAGCCACCUCAUCCUCUACACCACCCCCAAGUUCUGAAGCUGGGACACACACUCAACCACAAGGACACAAGAUGUCACAAGAGUUUAAGUUAACUCUGAUGACUCAACCCACUGGGGGUUUAGAAGCUCCACAGAGUCAGCCAGAGAAGCCAGGAACAGAGAAAGAGAAAGUAGAUAUGACAGAGAAUAGCAGAGUGUUACAAAAAGAGGGUGAGAUAAAUCAGGAAGCCAUGAAGAGUUCCCCAGGUCAGGGGAAAAUGUGUCGGAUGUCAGAGCAAGGAAUGGAAGAAAAAACAUUGCUGUCAGAAGAAUCAGACAAACAAAAAGAGACAUUAGAGAGUCCACUCGAGCAUGCAGCAAAAAAGCUAUCACGGGAUAUUGCAGGACAGGAAUUAAUAUCACUCAGGGCGGCUAUAAAAGAUGCAAAGAUUAGUAGUUGUCAAGAUGACAGCACAGCAGAAAGAGGAAAACCAGCGAGUGUUCAAGAAGACAAAGACAGUACUCAGAAUUUGCAGGAAAAGUUAAUGAUACUUGAGGCUAAACUUACUCAGGCUACUGAAAAGCUGGAGAGAACUAAUUCUCUUUUGAAAAAGCAAAUGGAGGAGAACAAGAUGAAAGAAGAGAAAAUACUACAGCUGAGUGAAGGAAUGAGAGUAGAGGUGUGUUCUCCAGAAGCAAUUCUCAGGCCAAGAAGAGAGAGCAUUGACACAGGGACAGAAACAGAGAAAAUAAAUGUUGCCAACCAAGAGACAGAGACCGAAUCUCCUACUACAGUAGAUCAGGGAACAGAUACAGAGAAAAUCAGUAUUGAAGUAUGUGUGCCCAAAGCAAGAGCUGGAAGCAUAGAUCAAGGAACAGAGACAAGUAAAGUUGAACCUCAUGACCAGGUGACAGAGAUGGGGGCAGAAGUAGCAGCUGUGAUGCCACCAAGACCCAGGGCCAACAGCAUGGAACGGAGCACAGAAACCGAAAGGGUCAUCACUCAAGAUCAGAUGACAGAGACAGCAGUGGCAGAAAGAGUUAAUCAAGUGACAGAAACUGAGAGAGAGGCAGUGACAGACCAUCCGAUGAGACCGAGGGCCAGCAGUGCCGACAGGGGGACAGAGACAGAGAGAGUGGACACUGUGGACAGGGUGACAGAGACGGAGGCAGCACAGAGGACAGACCAGCAGACUGAAACGGAGGUAGAGAGACGGCAGGACAACAAUCCAACCAGAGAUGCAGGAACGGAAAGUCAAGUGAGAGAAAGUGCAGAAAGUCAGAGUAUACAAGAGGUACAAACUGUGGUCAGUGAAACCGUGGAUGGUGGGGAGGUAAAUGAAAGAAUACAAAAAGAUGGUGGGCUAAGUGAAAGUGUCGUAAUGAAAGUAGAAACAGAGAGUCCAGUCGUAGUUGUAGAAACCUUAGUUGAACCUCUUCCAGUUUCGGUCACUGUAAAGGAGGAUGAGAAGAGUAUCAGUUCAGCAGCAGUAGAAAAUGCAGAAUCUGACACUGAAAAGAAACCUGAACAGAUUAAAUCAGACAUAAAAGAAGUUAUACCACAAAAGGUAGUAAUUACAGACACUACUGUAUCGCAGCUAGUUGAACUGGAUACAACAGAGAAGAAAAAAAUGAAAGAUAGUGAUGUUGUAUGUGCAAAAACCAAGGACGUUGUGCCCACUGACACUGUCACAGUAGCAGAAAGCACAGUAGUGAAAACAACAGCUCCUGUAAGACCUCAGAGAGGACGCAAACCCUCAGCAGAGCAGCCGCAACCUUCGCCUUCUCAACUUCAGACUGCGCCUGUGCGUCCUCGAAGGGGAUCCAGUGAAACUCAAGCUCAGCAGCCUCAACCUCAGAGAGCAACACAGCCCCAAACGCAGGUACCUGACUCACCUCGGCCGGAGGCUCAGUCAGCAUCGCUCUCAGAGCCACAGCAAGCCACUUCUGUGCCUCAGGUUGAAGACCACGCUUUAGAACAAAGGUCUCCUGGGGUGUCUAGUGCAGAACAGACUGUAUCACAACCUCAGACUAAGGCCCCGAGCCCAACCCCAGCCUCCUCUGAAGCUUCAACCAGGCCAAAGUCUAUUCAAGCACAAACCUCUACAACUCGACGGGAGUCAAAAGAGGUCAAAGCACCACAGAGAGGGUCCAGUCUGCCACAGCCUGCCACCCAGAAACGACCAACUCGCCAGGGGUCACAUGAGGUCCAAGCUCAAUCCCAGGGCUCUCGUAGACCUUCGAGUGAGUCUCAACCACACAAAGAUGCCGGUGAAACACAAGCACUGCGCCGGGGCUCGAGUGAAGCAGCCGAGCGUCGCGGUUCAGGUGAAUCCCAGACUCCUCGUAGAGGCUCCAGUGAGUCACCAACCUCGCCUGCAGCUUUGGGACAGGUCGUAACCCGGCUAACAGGGCUGCUUGGGGAACAGUGGGCACAGCUGGGGAGCAGCGCUGGGGCUCAACAGACGGCUGCACAGCAGGAGAGCCCCAGCACACAGAAACAGACAGCAGGGAAAAGAGCAGAGGCAGGAAAAGGAGCAUCAACCAAGCCAACAGGAAAAGCUGUCCCUGCAGCAACAACAACGGGGAAGCCAGCGGGGAAGCCCGGUCCUUCCAAAAUGAGCUCGAUUCAGAGUCAGCUGGUCAGCUCCCUCAGCGUCCUCUCUGCCUUCUACUCCCCAGGACAGAAAGCUGCUUCCAGCAAACAGCAAGAACAAGGUCUCAAAUCUAUCAUGAAGAAAAAUGGUGUUGCUGACAAACAAGGGAACAAAGGCACCAAGAAAAACCUCAAGUUUGUCGGGGUGAAUGGAGGCUAUGAAACAACAUCCAGUGAGGAGUCUAGUGGAGAUGAAAAGACAAAGAUUGAUGUGGAGGAAGAGGAGGAGGACAGCUCAGAACCUGAGGUGGAGAAAGAGACAGAGCCUCAGCCAUCAGAAAAGCCUGACGAGGCAGCAGAGACCCAGGGGAAGGAUGGUGACGUCCCAUCAGGGGGAGAGGGUGCCGUGGCUGUGGAGAAGGAGAGUGAAGGGGGCCUCCUGGAUCCAGUGGGAGGCCAGGGGCUCCUAGAGGAAGAGGCUGAAGGGCAGCAAGUUGACAAAGGGUUUAUAGAUGCCUGCCUCUAUGUGAAGGACCGCAUGGAAGAGGUUUCAUCCCCGGAUAAAGAAAUGCGCCAGGUUUUGGUGGUGCUCUAUCAGGAAUGGUUUAGAGUCUCAAGUCAAAAAGACUCUCAGGCCGAUACCGUCAGAUUGUACCUCCGACAGGUGGGUUUGACCACGCCCACCCUGCUGCCAUACGUUGUUAAUCUAACAGACGGAAAUGGGAAUAUGGCGCUCCAUUACAGUGUGUCGCAUUCGAACUUUGCUGUGGUCAAACUGCUAUUGGAUACCGGUUUGUGCGAGACAGAUAAUGUUAACAAAGCUGGCUACACACCAGUGAUGCUGGCUGCACUGACAGCUGCUGACAGUCCUGAUGAUCUCGAGGUGGCCCAGCAACUCUUGAGGCUCGGAGACGUCAAUGCACGCUCGAGACAGGUACUCUCGACUACCUCUGGGCUCUGCAAAAUGGCAGGCCAGACCGCACUCAUGCUUGCGGUGAGCCAUGGCCGCGUUGCCAUGGUGAAGCUGCUGCUGAGCUGUGGUGCUGAUGUAAAUGCUCAGGACCGUGAGGGCUCCACAGCCCUGAUGUGUGCCAGCGAACACGGACACACACACAUCACCCGUCUGCUGCUAGAGACAGGUCGCUGUGACACCAGCCUUAAAGAUAAGAAUGGACAGACGGCCUUGUCGGUGGCAGAGGGAGCCUCCCACCAGGACAUAGUUGAAGUUCUGAAGAGCCAUGCAUCUUCAGAACCCCCGUCUACCACAGACCUCCUCUGAGCCAGGCCGAUCCUGUUGUCUUCUGCCACCGCUAAAGCCGGCCAACACCAACCCUCCCAUUUCCAAGAAACCAUUUCCCAUCAACAUACAGGGAAAAGGCUGAAACAACACUCUACAGGAUUUACUCUGUGAGACCAGUGGAAAAAGAUAGAUAUGCUCUGUUUAGCCUGAAACACAAAUGGAAAGUCACGUGCAAACCUCUGGAGCGUCCAACGAUGUACGCCCAUAUUUUUUCUUCCACGUCUCUGCCAACAUGCCCCGUGCAUGUUUAUGGAUAUGCUGCAUCAACCACUCAGUGGACACACAAACAAGCGGGCUCGUUGGAUCAACGGGAAAAAAAAAAAAUCUCCAUAGGGACAAAGUGUGAUUGACGGGAUCUUCAGUAGAGUGUGAAUAUGGAGUGAGAAUAUGAAGAGGGAUGUAGAGUCUGGCAAGUGGAUGGAGAGAUGCUCUGAUGAACUGCUGCUGUUUAUCAUCAACUAGCUCUUCAAGCAAAAUACUAAGCACAUGAUCUACCUUGCAAAUAUAUUAAAUAUGACAUUAUUUCUAUUUUUCUUUAAUGACAUUGGCAUCGGUCUUUUCAUAAUUGAACAUAAGCCAUUAUUUAGAACGUAGUGUAUGUAGAUUUGAACCAUAUACCGUAUAAAAACACAAACUGUAUUUUCUACUGCACUUUUUUUAUUGUGUUUGUGUAAAUAAUCCUCUACAAUAUCAGUGUCAAGAAGGCACUAUAUACAUGUCCAAAAGUGAGAAUUAGAACAUUAGAUGAUAUACUGCGAUUAAUGGUCAAAUUUCACAUCGCCUAGUGGACAUUUGACAUUAUUCACUGGAUUGUUUUUACCAUAGCCGUCAUGUUUUUCACAUCAUCUGUGAAGUGGGAAAUGUUGAAAUGUUUCCAUUGGAUGUAAGAAAUGAUUUUUAUAGCUAGAAUAUAACCACAAAAUAGAAAGUCUUCUAAAAGGAAGAUUGUAUGUGUGGAAGGUGCUGCAUGCCGAUAUACAGUUACUCCCCCUGCUGGCUGCCCUGUAGUACUAAAACAGUAUGUUGUAAUACUGUAUGUUCUCAUGAUUAACAUCUUUCUCCUCCUGUCUGUCUCCGUCCUCCAAUUCCAGUCUAAUGUAUGUCUUGUCGCCUGCUUGUUCCAAACAAAAUCAUGUAUGCAACUGCUACAAAAUGCACAAUGAAUGUCAGGCUGGCUGUGAUACAUUCCAAAAAAUAAUAAUGUAGCAAGUAAUUAUAACAGCAUGGACU